AUGGCUCCAGACUGGACGUAUGUUAUUCUUCUCGUGUGGAUUUUAAUGUUUACAUCAAAACUCACGUUUACGCAGGCUGCAUGCGAACUGGGUGUCAACUAUGGAACACAAUGUAAGAAGCUGUGCACGGAUCGCCACUGUUCUGAUCGGACCUCAUCUUGUGGUAUAUAUGGGUCUUGUAAUGGAGGAUGUCUAGCAGGAUGGCGUGGACAUGACUGUACGAAAGAAUGUUGGACGAACUUCUACGGACAGACCUGUCGGAAAUAUUGCUCAGGGCGUCAUUGUGCCUCUCCAUCUGCCGGCUGCAAUGCCAAAACAGGCGACUGUGGUGCUGAGGGAUGUUUACCAGGAUGGAAGGGAGUCGACUGUACACAAGAGUCAGUUGUUAGAACCUUCCUACACAAGUCCGUGGAGCUCGACCAGACGAUUGCAGAAUCUAUGAGUUUUAUAAACGUUCACCGACUUUGCCAACCAAAGUGUAGUCCUCCAGUAACAACCGGACCUCCGUCCCAAUCUCCUCCACCGGCCAUUAUUGCACCAGAGUUACAGGGAUCUAGUGCUGAACUCGACAAAGAAUAUAUAGGGGACACGAGUAGCAAUCAGGACGGAUCUGCCAGUUAA